AUGACGGACCCAGUGGAAAUGCUGGACGCCAUGUUAAAGACAACUGGUUUUGACCCUGCAGGCUUUUCUAGAGACUCAGCAGUCAUUUCGAGGGUGAACAGUUACUACUCACAGAAAUACAAUGGAAUCGAUCGACCAGAACUAAUUUUCUUCAGGGCGCUUUAUGAAACACUCGGUGAUGGUUUAGAUGACCGCUUCGGAGGGCAGUUUUAUGCUGACAAUGAAAAUUCAGAAAUUGGUUCAAUCACUGACAAAAUACAAUGGAAUCGAUCGACCAGAACUAAUUUCUUCAGGGCGCUUUAUGAAACACUCGUUGAUGGUUUAGAUGACCGCUUCGGAGGGCAGUUUUAUGCUGACAAUGAAAAUUCAGAAAUUGGUUCAAUCACUGACAGUUGUGCUCCUUCCAGUUACACGCCUACUCACAUUAUAUCAACCACAACAAGUUGGUAUCUAUCAUCUAGUCAAACUUCUAUUUCAAGGUCAGGAAUCUCAAAUGUCGUACAUCAUACAAACAGCAAGGUGAUAAUGAGUUCAUUUGUUACCGGUCAAACUUCAACAUCUGGAUCAAGAGCCAUAAACAUCAUAUCUACACCAAGCAGCCACAUGAUAAUGACCUCAUCCCCUGCAGGUCAAACAACUGCAACUGGGCCUCUGCCAGGUACCUCAAACACCGUAUCUCCUACAAGAAGCCAUGUGAUCAUUACCUCAUUAACUACGGGCCAAACUUCCACAUUAAGAUUAAGUACCUCAAACGUUAUGUCUCAGACAAGCACUUUCGUGAUAAAAGGCUCGUCUGCUUACAGUCAAACGAUUUCAUCUGCAUCUAGAACCGCAAACGUGAUAUAUCCAAGCAACAAUUUGAUAAUGACUUCAUCUGCUACUGACCAAAAAACUACAUCUGGAUCAGGCAUCUUACAUGUCUUAUCUCCAACUAGCAGUCAUGUGACAAUGACUUCAUCUUCUACUGGUCAAACUACUACAUCUGGACCAAGUACCUCAAACGGUAUAUCUUCUACAAGCAGCGAUGUUAAAAUAACUUUGUCUUCUACUGGUCAAACUACUUCAUCUGGACCAAGUACUUCAAGAGGUAUAUCUCCCACAAACAGCUGGGUAAUGACUUCUACUGGUCAGACGACUUCCUCUGGAUCAAGUACCUCAAGCGGUAUAUCUCCUACAAUCAGCCAUGCGAUAAUGACUUCAUCAAUUACUGGUCAGACGACUUCCUCUGGAUUAAGUACCUCAAGCGGUAUAUCUUCUACAAGCAGCCAUGUAAUAAUGACUUCAUCUUCUACUAGUCAAACUACUGGACCAAGUACCUCAAGGGGAAUAUCUACUACAAGCAGCCAGGUAAUAAUGACUUCAUCAGCCACUGGUCAGACGAGUUCCUCUGCAUCAAGUAUAUCUAGUUCUACAAACAGCCAGGUGAUAAUGACUUCAUCUGUUACUGGUCAGACGAGUUCCUCUGCAUCAAGUACCUCAAGGGGUAUAUCUCCUACAAGCAGCCAGGUGAUAAUGACUCCAUCUAUUAUUGGUCAGACGACUUACUCUGGAUCAAGUACCUCUAGUGGUAUAUUUCUUACAAGCAGCCAGGUGAUAAUGACCUCAUCAGCCACUGGUCAGACGACUUCCUCUGGAUCAAGUACCUCUAGUGGUAUAUCUCCGACAAAAAGCCAGGUGAUAAUAACUUCAUCUGUUAUUGGUCAGACGACUUCCUCUGGAUCAAGUAUCUCUAGUGGUAUAUCUCCUUCAAGCAGCCAGGUGAUAAUGACAUCAUCAGCCACUGGCCAGACGAUUUCCUCUGGAUCAAGUACUCCAAGCGCUUUAUCUCCGACAAGCAGCCAGGUGAUAAUGACUACAUCUAUUAUUGGUCAGACGACUUCCUCUGGAUCAAGUACCUCUAGUGGUAUAUCUCUUACAAGUAGCCAGGUGAUAAUGACUUCGUCAGCCACUGGUCAGACGACUUCCUCUGGAUCAAGUACCUCUAGUGGUAUAUCUCCGACAAGAAGCCAGGUGAUAAUGACUUCAUCUGUUACUGGUCAGACGAGUUCCUCUGCAUCAAGUACCUCAAGGGGUAUAUAUCCUACAAGCAGCCGGGUGAUAAUGACUCCAUCUAUUACUGGUCAGACGACUUCCUCUGGAUCAAGUACCUCUAGUGGUAUAUCUCUUACAAGCAGCCAGGUGAUAAUGACUUCAUCAGCCACUGGUCAGACGACUUCCUCUGGAUCAAGUACCUCUAGUGGUAUAUCUCCUACAAGCAGCCAGAUAAUAAUGACUUCAUCAGCUACUGGUCAGACGAUUUCCUCUGGAUCAAGUACUCCAAGCGCUUUAUCUCCGACAAGCAGCCAGGUGAUAAUGACUACAUCUAUAAUUGGUCAGAUGACUUCCUCUGGAUCAAGUACCUCAAGUGAUAUAUCUCUUACAAGAAGCCAGGUGAUAAUGACUUCGUCAGCCACUGGUCAGACGACUUCCUCUGGAUCAAGUACCUCUAGUGGUAUAUCUCUGACAAGAAGCCAGGUGAUAAUGACUUCAUCUGUUACUGGUCAGACGAGUUCCUCUGCAUCAAGUACCUCAAGGGGUAUGUCUCCUACAAGCAACCAGGUGAUAAUGACUUCACCAGCCACUGGUCAGAUGACGUCCUCUGGAUCAAAAACCUCUAGUGGUAUAUCUCCGACAAGAAGCCAGGUGAUAAUGUCUUCAUCUGUUACUGGUCCGACGACUUCCUCUGGAUCAAGUACCUCAAAGGGUAUAUCUCCUACAAGCAGCCAGGUGAUAAUGACUUCAUCAGCCACUGGCCAGAUGAUUUCCACUGGAUCAAGUACCUUUAGUGGUAUAUCUCCUUCAAGCAGCCAGAUAAUAAUGACUUCAUCAGCCACAGGUCAGACGAUUUCCUCUGGAUCAAGUACUCCAAGCACUAUAUCUCCGACAAGAAGCCAGGUGAUAAUGACUACAUCUAUUAUUGGUCAGACGACUUCCUCUGGAUCAAGUACCUCUAGUGGUAUAUCUCCGACAAGAAGCCAGGUGAUAAUGACUUCAUCAGCCACUGGUCAGACAACUUCCUCUGGAUCAAGUACUCCAAGCGCUAUAUCUCCGACAAGCAGCCAGGUUAUAGUGACGUCAUCUGCUUCCAGUCAGACAACGUCUGCAACACCGAGUUCUUUAACCACAAACAUUGCUUGUGUACCAGGAACUGGAUACUGUUCCGACCCCGGUCUUGAAUCCGGCGGUAUGUGA